CAUCAGUUCAACUUCAUCCAUCGGGCGGUUCGGUUGUCAUUAGUCAUUCAUUAGUCCGUCGUCGUCUCGUUAUUGUGCGUAUUCUUGGUGCUUUUUGGUGUGUUUAGGUAAUGAUAAUUACCUGUAGAACUAAUAUAUCUUUCGCCUCGUGUGCAGUAUUAAGGGAAGAACAGGGCACAGGAUCAAUCACCUGUUUGGAAAAGAAAUCAUUUGUUUCUCUGCAACUUUCAUAUUUUGCAUGUUUCACCUUAUGUAGGCGAACGCAGUUUAACUUUUGCGUGAUAUGUUGAGCCCGAUUAGUGACUAGUUUGUGGGGGUUUACAUUUACCAUUCGCUAAAGAACAGUUUGUGUUCUAUCGUUAUGUGAAAAUAAAACUGAAAUUCCCAUAUCCAGAACAAGUUUCUGAACGGUCGUUUUCGUCAUUCGAAGAUUCUUAUACGCAUUUCACUUAUCAAGAAGCAAAGUUGUGUUUGAAGACGAAUGAUAUGUUCCAUAUGUCAAAUCCAGCCUAAAUCGAUAAAAAGAAAUCGUAGCGGAGAAACAGUGAUAAAUUUCAGUUUAUAAAUAUCUGCUACUUAUCAAUCAGAGUUUUGAGUGAAAAUGGUGAACUGUUUUUCAGAUUAUCGUUGUUAUUGGCUGAAAAAUUAAGCAGUUUCCACGGAAAACCUCAAUUGGAUAUGGAUAUGGAAUGAUUAGAUCAAUUUAUGAUACACAUCGGAAUCAGCCCUCCAUCGGCGGCACCAGAAUUCGCUGAUGAGCAUCAAUUUGUGCUCGUAGUACCAUCAUAUAUUGCAACCGGGCUGUGCUGCUAGAACAGCCGUUCCGCAACAACGCGCCCAUAUAAUCGUUCCUGUCCUCGGUCACCACACCAGUCUACAGAAGUCAUGGACAAGCAGAAUGAAGUGCUUCUGAACACAUUUGUGAUAUCGAAGAAAAAAUACCGAGUGGUGUACAAUGCCGGCGUACUCGUGUGGGAAGCUGAGAACUCCAAGAAGGGGAAAAUAUCGGUACCCGUCAGCGAUAUCAUAUCAGUGACGUUAUCUGCGACGGCCAGUGGUCGAUCGGCUGCCAAGAAUGCCCCACAUGCUAUCACCACCACGUACGGGACGACCUCCAGUACUCAUGCCCCGAUGAAUGAGGAUAUGGAUUUUGAUCGCGUUCCGGUACUUCCAACGUCGGCAUCAAUCUCUACUACAGCCACCAUAAAUACGACGACAACCACAACCAAUAUUAGCAAUAGAGCCGACUCGUACGAUUUGCUGCACACUGACGCCACUAGUGUAGAAGACAUCAUUUGCGGAAACAACCAAUCCAACGGCAACUAUCUAAUCAUACAUUAUGCCCGGCUAGUGGCACCUCGUGUAUGCAAAUGGAGGGUACAACAGCUGGUUCUGUACAAAAAUGAACAUAGGAUUGUCAAACUGUGGUACCAAAGGUUAUCAGAAGAUAUCAGAGAGCAAAAUCGACCGAAAAAUUUACUACUUUUCCUCAACCCUUACGGCGGCAAGCAGAAGGCGUUUGCCCUGUUCGAAAAGUAUGCCAAACCAUUGUUCAAGUUGGCUCAGGUUGACAUCAACCUGAUAAUAACGCAACGAGCUCAGCAAAUCUACGACAUCAUGACAUCGCAAACGAUCAACCUGAACAACUAUGACGGCGUGGUAUGCUGCGGGGGCGAUGGGACAUUUGCUGAACUGUUCAACGGCUUGGUUUACCGCACUAUGAUCGACUUGGGAAUGGACAUCAACCAACCACCCUACUUACCUAAGCCCAGUAUUCCGAUCGGGAUCAUUCCGGCUGGUAGUACCGAUACGGUGGCAUAUUGCUUGAACGGCACGACUGAUAUCAAAACUUCGAUCCUUCACAUCAUACUUGGCCAAACACAUGGGCUUGAUAUUUCCAGUGUGUAUCGCAACAGUGAUGAUAGUGGCGGCGGUGGAAUUCAAAACGGUGAUGAUUCGAAAGGAUCCGAUAAUACUCUCGCCGGAUCUACGAAGGUAACUCAAGCUAAAAGGCGACCCCAAUUGCUCAAACUGUAUGCCAGCGUUUUAUCGUACGGAUUUCUUGGCGAUGUUACAUUAGAAAGUGAGAACUAUCGAUGGAUGGGUCCUAAACGGUACGAUUACUCGGGGGCCAAAAAAUUCUUCCGAAAUCGUGGCUAUUCUGGGGACAUUACCAUCCACGUGGAGAACGAGGUGAUCGAUGAUGAGCGGGUUGAGCGGAACAACCCGCACGAUGGCGUGCGAUGUUUGGAGAAUUGUCAACGCUGUCUGGAUGCGUCCGCAAAGAGCGGCAAUCCAAUCGACUGUGAUACCCAAAAAGUUACCGUCAGUGGAAAGUUCCUUAUGGUCAAUGGUGCUAAUAUUUCUUGUGCAUGCUCUCGUAGUCCUCAGGGAUUCAAUCCGUACUGUCAUCUGGGCGAUGGCUAUCUGGACCUGAUAUUGGUGCGGCAUACUUCCUUCUUCAACAAUAUCCGGUUGCUCCUGGCAAUGUCCUCGAAGACGAAAAAAAUCAGCGAUUUACCGUUUGUGGAGAUCUACCGAACGAAGAAAUUCAGCUUCAAGGGACGCGUCGUGGGUGCCUACCAAGGUCACGGUCAUGAUAACGGUGCGAUCGAUGACGAGCUUGACCAAACCGGUACAACGUCGGCAAGCUCAGCCUCAACGAAUGACAUUGCGAACUCGACCGUUACUGCUGGCCGUACCGCUACUGGGAGCUUGAAGGAGGACAAUAAACUGCUUUCCAAGUGGAAUUGUGACGGAGAAAUCCUGAUGGAUACCAAUAUAAUUGUAGAAUGCAAUUGCCAACUGAUAAACGUGUUUCGCCGGGGUGUCAGUUGCAGUGAUACUAGUUCUAAGGAAAAUGACCCGGGAGUUCUGAACUGCUGCGGUGUCUGUAAAUAACUGAUUACUACUCGUUUGUGUCGCAAAAGAUUGUGCUCUACUAGUUCUAUAAUGUUAUUCCCUAUUGCUUUUAAGAUUUUAGUUACACACUAAACAAACCCUGCCUGUGAUUGGUAUUAGACGAAAAUCUUAACUUAUUAGACUCAUUUUACUUUAGCGUCACAUGUCCUGACAAAAGUAUUUAAUGAAACAGUUUAAAACUAUUUUCCAAAGUGCUGCAAGUUAGUAUUAAAAACGAAAUGGUAUUUCAUGGUACCUAUCCUACGCUAUGUUAGGGAAAUUUCCAAAACAUAUAGCUCUUAUGACAUUCCAAUUUAUAUUACAAAAAAAACGAUAUACCUUUAGUCAAAGUAGAGAGUGUAUGUUUCUGUAGAACGUAUCUUUACACAAACAAUAAAAAUAGUUGUUAGAAGAAUAGCAUUUUGGCUUGCAUUCUAGAUAUGUGAUGAUAGUUUUUUUUAAAUGGUUUCGGAAACACUAGGGAUUGAUGUUCCGUAUCAUGAUUUUGGGUUUCGGGAAACGGUCGGUAAUACGUUAAACAUGGGAUUAGGCUGGGACAUAAUCGUAAAAUAUUUUGUGUACUCAAUGAGUUGUACUUCUUCGAUAAUUUAUUAGGCUGUAGUUUAGGGAGAAUUCUUAACUGUAAAUCUAUGUUGUAUUUUUCUGAUGGCUGUUAAUUUAGAACAGAUUAUGUUUUAUAAA